CAAUCUCGCUGCUCUCCAUGUGCUUGUGUUUUGUAUUACCUACCGGUCCCAGCUUUUAGCUCUAGUCUGUCACGCGUAUAGACGAACGCUCGUACUGCUCGCGUGAAGCCAGCGCCCUCACUUCGCCAUCAGCAGCAACAUGCCCAGGAAGAAGGUGACAGACGGCUCCGGACCGGGAAACGGCGCUGCGCGGCCUGGCGGGAGGAAGAAACCCGCGGGCUCAGGCAGGAAGAGAGACCGCGACGAGUUCAGCAGUGACGAUGACGACCUGGACGGGAGCACCGGGUAUGAUGGGGGAUACCAGGCCCAAAACAACAAGAGAGGUCCGGGAAAAGGUGGUGGUAAAGCGGCCGCUGCUGUAAUCGUCACGGAACCGGAACACACCAAGGAGCGGAUUAAACUUGAAGGUUCCAAGGCUAAAGGGCAACUCCUAAUUUUUGGUGCAACAAACUGGGACUUGAUUGGACGUAAAGAGGUGCCUAAACAACAAGCUGCCUACCGUAACUUGGGCCAGAACUUAUGGGGUCCCCACAGAUAUGGCAGCCUUGCAAGCGUGCAAAUCAGAACUGUGGCCUCUGGUCCUUGUGCAGCACACAGCUUGCUCAUUACCACUGAGGGUAGACUCUGGAGCUGGGGACGCAAUGAAAAAGGACAGCUAGGCCAUGGAGACACAAAAAGGGUUGAUGCCCCUAAACCCAUUGAGAGCUUAAAGGGGGAAGUGUUUGUAACUGCAUCAUGUGGCCGAAACCACACCCUUGCUUUGACAGAAACUGGAACGGUAUAUGCAUUUGGAGAAAACAAAAUGGGACAGCUUGGUUUGGGGAACAAAACUGAUGCAGUGCCAAGCCCUGCUCAGAUACUGUACAAUGGACAGCCCAUAACCAAGGUGGCCUGUGGGGCAGAGUUUAGCAUGAUCGUGGAUUGCAAAGGGAACCUGUAUUCAUUUGGUUGUCCAGAGUAUGGACAAUUAGGGCACAACUCAGAUGGAAAGUACAUUGCCCGUGCUCAGCGCAUUGAGUACGACUGUGAGCUGAUACCUCGUAGAGUUGCCAUCUUUAUAGAGAAAACAAAGGAUGGUCAGAUCCUACCUGUCCCUAAUGUGGUUGUCAGAGACAUUGCAUGUGGGGCUAAUCACUCGCUGGUGCUUGAUUCACAAAAACGUGUCUUUUCCUGGGGGUUUGGUGGGUAUGGUCGAUUGGGUCAUGCUGAGCAGAAAGAUGAGAUGGUUCCUAGACUGGUGAAGCUUUUUGACUUUCCAGGCCGUGGAGCUUCCCAGAUUUAUUCUGGGGCAACUUGCUCAUUUGCUGUAAACGAGAUGGGUGGAUUGUUUUUCUGGGGAGCAACAAACACAUCACGUGAUUCUACAAUGUACCCAAAAACAGUACAGGACCUGUGUGGAUGGAAAGUCAGAAGCCUGGCCUGUGGAAAGAGCAGUAUUAUAGUGGGAGCUGACGAGAGUACAAUCAGCUGGGGUCCUUCCCCAACAUUUGGGGAACUGGGUUACGGUGACAACAAAGCAAAAUCUUCCACCACUGCACAGGAGGUGAAGACUUUGGAUGGACUUUAUUCAGAGCAGGUUGCUAUGGGAUAUGCGCAUACUCUGGUGGUUGCACGAGAUGAAACUGAACAAGAUAAAGAAAAGCUGAAAAAACUGCCAGAGUACAACCCACGCACCCUGUGAGGUUGACUCUCAUUCCAGUAACCCAUUCAUUGCUACCUAUUGAGUAUUGCUGCAUUGCAAUGCCUGACAGACCUCCAGACCUAAAAUGGUUAAGGCAGCUCUAUCAAUGGUACCUGGACUCCACUAUUACAUUCCUUUUAUGACUUCUCAGUUAUUAUAUCUCCAGGAAAAGAAAACAAUGUCAUUUAUGAAUUAUAAUUUUUUCCCCAUCUUUGUGGAGACCGUUCUCUGAUCAUGAGAGAGGGUGGAAGUUGGGGGGGGGGGGGCAGGGAAAUAACUCAGGAGUUAUGUGACCCUAAAAUGUAGAAGCAGCAAAUUCUGUUUCUUUAAAUUUCCCAGGACUCCCACCUGUGGCAUAUUGACUCCUAUAGCAGCGUGCUCCAACCAUGUGAGUAAGAUGGCUACAAGGACUUUGGGUGAUUGCCCAUUCUGGCCAAAAUAGCAGAAUUUUGUUUUUGCUGUAUUUGUUUCAAAUUCUUAUAAGUUGUACGGAAUCGGUGCCUUGUUGAAUGGGUGUUACCGACUGUACGUUAAGACCUUCCAUUCCAGCCAAGCUGCACUUACAGUGCCUUUUAUGUCCAGUCUGCACUUCUAUUUCUCCAGUUUGUUCUCAGUCUUGCUGUUACAUAGCAGUUAACACUUGUUUUAUUUUAGUUUUUGUUAGGAAAUAAAUCGUUAAAUAAAAAUCCUCCUUUUAGUAA